CCAUGCUGUGCUGCCUCUCUGCCAGGUGGACCUCUUCUUCUUCCUCCCAGUAUCACAUGGGAGGGGCCUGGCUGCAAGCAGGCUAAAGCCAGCUCCUCUUAUUUCCCUGCCAAAUGUUGUCACCACAACCAGUCACAUUUCUCUCCUCCUCCUCCUCCUCCUCUUCUUCCACCACCACCACCUCGUUCUCUUCCAAUCCUCUCCUCCUUCCUACAUCCCUCACUCCCUCUGCCUAUACUUGCCUGCCCGUCAGAAGUCCCACACAUCCCCAGAGGAUAAGAUGCCAUGGAGGUCACAAGAAGAACAGCGCUUUACGUCUGCUCUGUUCUCUUCAUCCUAACAGAGGUCAGCUCUGAGCUCAUCUACAUCCCGUCAUCGGUCCAUCAUGGCGUUAAAGGGAAGUCUGUGCUCCUGUCCGUUGAGACUCGCUUCCCGCUGGAUGAUGCUGAGAUGCAGGGAACUUGGUCCCACACCAGGUCGAGCGGCACCAGAACAACGUUGGUGACAUUUACCAAAGAGGCCACAAUCACUGACAUGAUGUACCGCAACCACCUCGUCUUUAGAGAACCCAAUGUUUCUUUGCUCAUCCGGAAAUUAAACCAUGACGAUGAGGGGGAUUACCACCUGAGCCUCAACAUAGCGUUUCAUAACAAGACAGGACUGGUUAUCAAGGAGGAGAGAACUGUGCACGUAACAGUGGACGACUCUGUGUCCACUCCAGUCAUUCAGAAGAGCCCAUCGUAUGCAGUUGUUGAGGACAAGGCCAACGUCACCUGGAAUUGUUCUGUUGAGAACGGAACAAGAGUUGUGUUCCAGUGGUUAAAGGACAACGUCGCACUAGGUCCCAGUGACAGAUACCACUUCUCCCGAGACAACUCCACAUUGUUAAUCAGUCCUGUGAGAAAAGAGGACAAGGGAACUUACCACUGUGUGGCCAGCAACGCUGUCAGCCAGGGUCGGCACAGCCGGGGCGCGGAGCUCAAUGUCUAUUACGGCCCCUACAACCUGGAGGUGAACUCAGGCCAGGGCCUGCGGACAGGAGAGGUGUUCACCAUCAACCCCGGAGAGCUGGUCUUCUUCGAAUGCCAGGCGGACUCCAACCCGCCCAACAGCUACGUCUGGAUCUCUAAGAGCCGCAACGCCACCCAGGUCAUCACCGAGGGCCCGCGGCUGGAGGUGCGCUCCUACAGACUGGCCCAGGCCGAGGAGUACCUGUGCCGGGCAUUCAACAACGUGACGCAGAAGCAGGACGAGGCCCAGUUUACUCUGGUGGUGGCCAGCUUAGGAACAGGGAAAGAGAAGCACACCCAAGAGGGCAGCUCUGUGUCCCCUCUGGCGGCCAUUACCGUCUGCUCGUUGUUCGCCAUCGGCUGCAUGCUGCUGUUCUUCCUCAGGAGAACCUGCCAUCCUAAGAGAGUGCUUAUGAGCAUUUAUAACAGGCCGCUUUCAGAGCAGAAACGACCACAUCGUUCAGGUCAUGAAGAUGCUACAGAAGACUUUGGCAUCUACGAGUUUGUCUCCAUACCUGGGAAAAUGGAGUCCGCACAGGCAUCGUGCAGAUCUCUGGCUCGCCUGGAGUCCAUUCAGGAUAUGCACACCACCAUCUACGAUGUGAUCAGACACGUACCUGAAACCCCCAGUCACAGUUUGCUGGAGUGAGCUGGAAGAGUUGAGAUGGAACUUACACCUCAUCAUUUCACUUGAAGACUCCUGUGUAGCUUUAUUCUCUGUUAUCAAAGCCUGAAACUCUGGCUUUGGUGGCCCGUUUUUUUGCACAAGGGAUGAAGGAGACUUGUUUGAGUACACAACCUGAUCGUGCACUGUUACUGUCCAGAGUUUGGGACAGAUGUUCAAUGACUUUUGCUGACAUUAUUGUGAGAUGAAAGUGUAUGUAUGCCUUGAAAUGUUUUGUUUUUUUAUGUGCAAGUGUAACUGUUAUGCAUUUUUGAUCAUUUCAGGUCAUAUUAAACCAAGCAAGUUAGUUUAUGAGGUACCUAAACUAUUUAAAACAUAUAUUUAAUUUGAAAUACUAAAGUUUUAUUUCGAUAAUAUCUUUCUAAUUUAACAUUUCCGCUAAUGAGAGUCUGUUUUGUGACAAGACAAGUGUUAUAAUGAAUGCAUUUUCUUGUGUGAAAUAUUUAGGUUAAUUGUAAAUAUUGUACAUGGAUUAUACUGCAGAUUCUUUAUACAUAUUAUUCUAUUUCUAUGUUUUGCUCCGAUCUAUUUAUUCCCAUAGAAACACUUAACCCUGUUUCCACAAAUGUAGCAUUUUUCUCUGCUCAACAUGGAUAUAAUGAAAUGCUGAAACAAGGAAAAGGAAUCAUAAAUUAUUGUACAGUUUGCAUUCACAUGUGUGUUUUGUACUUUAUUAAAUAUAUAACUGUUUA